UGGCACCACAGGCACCCCUUGUUCCCGCUCCUGGCGCUCGUCUUUGAGAAAUGUGAAUUGGCCACCUGCUCUCCCAGGGACACCUCCGGCUCUUAUCCGGGAGGCGACGUCUGCUCGUCGGAUUCCUUCAAUGAAGACAUUGCUGUGUUUGCCAAACAGGUUAGGACGGAAAAGCCGCUAUUUUCUUCGAAUCCAGAGCUGGAUAAUUUGAUGAUCCAAGCUAUCCAAGUUCUGAGGUUCCACCUUCUGGAAUUAGAAAAAGUCCACGACCUCUGUGACAACUUCUGCCACCGUUACAUCACUUGCCUCAAGGGGAAGAUGCCCAUCGACCUGGUGAUAGACGACAGAGACGGGGGCUCCAAAUCGGACUUGGAAGAUUUUGGCGGGUCUUGCGCGAGCCUCUCAGACCAGAACAACUCCUGGAUUCGAGACCACGACGAGACAGGAUCCACGCACUCAGGAACGCCGGGACCAUCCAGCGGCGGGAUUGCGUCGCAAAGUGGUGAUAACUCCAGUGAACAAGGGGACUGUCUAGAUAACAGUGUAGCCUCGCCCAGCACGGGAGACGAUGACGACUUAGACCGAGACAAGAAACGGAACAAGAAACGAGGGAUCUUUCCCAAAGUGGCUACAAAUAUUAUGCGAGCGUGGCUGUUCCAACACUUGUCGCAUCCCUAUCCCUCAGAAGAGCAGAAGAAGCAGCUGGCUCAGGAUACGGGGCUGACAAUUUUGCAAGUGAAUAAUUGGUUUAUUAAUGCCAGGAGGCGUAUAGUUCAACCCAUGAUUGAUCAAUCAAAUCGCACAGGUCAGGGAGCACCGUAUAGUCCUGAUGGGCAACCAAUGGGAGGCUACGUUAUGGAUGGACAGCAGCACAUGACGAUCCGCCCCCCAGGACCAAUGGGAAUGGCGAUGGGAAUGGAGGGCCAAUGGCACUACAUGUAAACCCUGACCUCACUGCUGAUGCCAGAGGGGGAAGAAUCCCGGCUAAGCCAGGUGUGCUGGACAACACACCCUACCAGGUUUACGGGCACGAGACUCGCGGCAUGUUGGGGGUCCGGCGUGUCCUUCCUCCCACUUUCCCCUCCGCUGAACGUGCCACCGAGCGUCCUCCCUCCCCACUCCACCCCCUCCAGCCAUGUUGCACUGCCACGACGACGAGAGGAAGUGACCCCUCCCCAAGACGGACCAAGCACGGACAGAGCAUUCCAUGUUAAUGCCCUUCCCUCCACCAGCCCCCUUCUCUCCCCCACUCCUUUUCCAAAUCAAGGACCAUUCCGGCAAGUUGCUGGACUUCCAAGUUUCCGAAUCUCCUGCGGCUCUUACCUGUCAAGGUUUUGGGACCAGUCGACGGAUCACAGUAGACAAAUUGGACAUUGGUGGAAACUGAUUGCUCUCUUCCUGCCCCCCCCCCAAAGAAAUGUAAAAAGAGGGAGGGAGAUAAACAGUGCUGUUCAUCUGGAAAGAGAAAUUCGGAGAGGGGGAGGCCAAGGGGUUAUCUUUUAGUUUGUUGAGCUGUGCUUUAUAAUUUUUUCACCACACAAAUAGACACAUGCACAUUUGUAGGAUCCAGCCACCAGCUCAAAAGCAAGAGCCACGAUCAGGCACAGCUGUUGUCUCCCCCAUCACCUUCCCGCUAUGGACUUCUUUUCCCAAACGAGAUAACUUUCCAAACAGGGUGGAUUUUGUUUUCCCUCGCUUUCUAUUUUCUUUUUUUCCCUUUCUCCUGGAUGUUUUAAUUAUUAAUUAAUUAUUGAUGUUGAUGCUCAGAAAGGGGAAGUAAAUUAAAUUGUACAUUUUAUUUUCCUUUCUCGGGAAUUCUUGUUUUUAUGUGCUUGUUUGUUUUUGGGGUUAUUUUUUUGUUUGUUUUUAAAAUGAGAAUAAUUCAAGAAAAGAAAACCAAAAUGAAACGA